CAUUUUAAAUAACUAGGCUAUAUAGAGUUGCUUUCAAAGUCAUAAUUACGAGACUAUAAGCGAACCAUUUGAUCUGAACUCCUUUUAAAUCCCGGUCCACCAUGAAGGGCUGCGCGUAUGAUCUGAGGCAUCUUUUCCUCAUGAAUCAGAAUAUGUGCGGAUCGAGCUCGAUGCAGCUGAAGCUGAGUGUGUGAGAACCACCGUGUCUCUUUAACUGAGGUAUCCUCAGGACGGGGAGGGGGUGGAUGGGUUCAUCGGGUUCAUGUAGUAUUGGACGCCGCCUCCUCCCAUUCCAGGUCGGCUGCUUCCCUGGGUGCCUCGGUGAAAGGGGGUCGCUGUGAGCCAAGUGAUGGAAGUUUGCAGUGGAAACGGCUAAACAUUCGAGCUUGACCUUUCCUUCGGGACACGGAGAGUCGAUCAGCUGGUGACUCCAGACGAGCUGCCAUUUUUUUUAGGUCAUUCGAGGCAUCCGGCUAACUUGUGUGUGUGAAAAGAAGCUGCUGUAUUCUCUGCUGUCGGUCGCCCAUUGGGAUGGGGAGAUCGCUUUGUCCUGUGCUGUCUGCUGGAGGAAUAUAAAUCAUGAUGGCUGAUGGAUGUUGCAGAGGAAUGGAUAGAGGCAGGGGUAAGAUUGCAUCCGAUUCUUUACCGAGACCCACAUAUCCACAGCAAUAUGUCCAGACCGGACCUCCGCAGCAGCAGCAGCCGGGCAGUGACAUCCAGGAGUUAGCCACCAAACGCGUCGACAUCCAGAAGAAGCGCUUCUACCUGGAUGUCAAGCAGAGCGUGCGCGGGCGCUUCCUGAAAAUAGCCGAGGUGUGGAUCGGAAGAGGCCGCCACGACAACAUCAGGAAGAGCAAGCUGACGCUGUCCAUGUCGAUGGCUCCUGCGCUCCGCUACUGCCUGGGAGACUUCAUCGAUUACUACGCCCGCAUCGGGCUGCGGGGGGGCCUCGCGCCUCCGCAGCCCGAGGAGCACGGCGGCAGCGGCAGCAACGGCCAGGGCCGUGCGCACGACUCCCGCAGGAGGGCGCCGGAGCAGCACGCGGGGCCGUCUCCCACCGGCUCCGCGGUGUCCGACGAUCAUGCCCACCGCGUCCUCAAGAGCGAAUUGAUCGAGAGAGACAACAGAAAGUACUACCUGGACCUGAAGGAGAACCAGAGGGGUCGGUUCCUCCGCAUUCGGCAGACUGUCAGCAAGGGACACGGCACCAUGGGCUACUACGGCCAGGGCAUCGAGCAGACCAUCGUGCUGCCCGCGCAGGGGCUCAUCGAGUUCAGAGACGCGCUGUCGCAGCUGAUCGAAGACUACGGCGACGAGGAGAGCGAUGACCGCGGCCGAACCGCCGGGUCCCGGAACCACGACGACAACCCGGAGCUCCCAGAGGCUGCGUCGUUCCGCGUGGAUAACAAGAGGUUUUACUUUGACGUCGGCUCCAACCGGUACGGUAUCUUUUUAAAGAUCAGCGAGGUGCGGCAGCCGUACAGGAACACCAUCACGGUCCCCCUGAAAGCCUGGUCCCGGUUCGGAGAAAACUUCAUCAGGUACGAAGAGGAGAUGCGGCGGAUUUUCUCCUGUCACAAAGAGAAGAGAAUGGACGCGCGGCAGGACAGCGAGGAGCAGGAGGACUGACCUUGGCAGUAGGCUUUGCUUCAUGCAUGUGUUUUAGGGACCGUGUUAAUGAGAUGUCCAGACGCCCUAAAUACCCCCUGACACCGUCUGUGUCCAUGCAGCAGCCAGGGUCCACCAAGGGCUGGUACCGCUCACCAAUAACCUGCCA